AUGAAUACCGGUGGUGAUGGUCUAACUCAUAUACGUCGCACAAUAAUUGAAAGUGGUGUACGUACUGCUGAUGGUAGUGGUGGUCGAGGAGGUGUAAGUGUUGAUGCCAUUCGAAAUUUAUCCCAUCAACAUGAAGAUGAAAAACGUGAAUUACAAGAAUUGAACAACAAAUUUGCCAAUUAUUUGGAUCGUGUGAAAUUUUUAGAAUCCCAAAAUCAUAAAUUACAAGCACAAUUGGAUGAUUUAAAACAAAAAUGGGGUUUUGAUAGUGGAAAAAUAAAGGAGCAAUAUGAUAAUGGUUUAAUACAAUUACGUAAACAGAUCGAUGAGGUUACAAGAGAUAAAGCAUUGGCUGAAUUACGAGCAAAACGUGCUGAAUAUGAUGCAUCAUUAAUUAAACAUCAAACAGAUUUUGCAAAUGAAUUAGUAAAUUUAGAUCGCAAUCGUUUUCAAAUGUUAAAACAACAAUUAGAAGGUAGUGGUUCGGAAUUAGAUGCAUUAAGAAAUCGUUUUGAAGAUAAAAAAGGAGAAAUUGAACGUAGUAAAUCUGAAGUUAAACGAUUAUUAGAACAAUUAGAAAAUUUGAAAAAUGAGUUUGAUAAUGAGUCAAUGGCUAGAGUUAUGAUACAAAAUGAAUUACAAACAUUAGAAGAACAAUUAGCCUUUAUGAAAGCUGUUCAUGAAGAAGAACGAAAUGAAUUGGCAACAUUGGGUACAUUACCAAUUGAUGUUAGUCAAUUUUAUCGUACAGAAUUAACACGUGCCAUUGCUGAUAUUAAAUCGGAUUUUGAAGCAUUAUCAUCGGCACAACGACAUGAAUUAGAAGAAUAUUAUAGAAUAAAAACCGAAGAAAUCAAAGAACAAGCUGCAGAACAAAAACGAAAAAUUGAUGAAGCUAAACGCGAAGGCAAAGUCGAAGUAAUGGAUUUAACAUCAUUAAAAUCUGUUUUAAAUGAAAAUCGUGAUAAUUAUUCAACAUUACAAAAAGAACAUUCGGAUUUAGCUAAUCAUUUAAGACAAAUGGAAGAAGAUUUGGAACGUAUACAAGCUGAUCAUCAACGAGCACAAAAUGAACGAGAACGAGAAUUAGCUGAAUUAAGACAAAAUAUUGAUGCUAGAGAAGCCGCUAUUGCUGGUGUUUUAGAAAAUAAUGUAUCAUUAAGAUUUGAAAUCAAUACAUAUCGUCGAUUACUAGAAGUUGAAGAAGGUCAUAUUCAACGGGUUACGGAAAAUGAUGCAGCCGGUAGUUACGCAACAAGAGCAUCAACUGGAGUAAGCAGCACUGGUGGCUCUUACCAUAGUAUUGUUGAUAGAGGUACAAGUGGUAGCUAUGGUGGUGAUAGAUCCGAUCAACUAUCAACAAAGAAAAUGACCGUUCAAAAAUCUGCUAGAGGCCCCAUAUCAAUUGAACAAAUUGAUCCCCAAGGAAAUUUUAUUGUUGUUGAAAAUCAAGGUAGUAGUGGUAAAGAUCAAGAAAUGAGAGGAUGGUCAUUGAAACGUCGUAUCGAUCAAAAUCCAGAGAUUGUGUAUCAGUUUCCAUCUAAUUUUACUUUAAAAUCCCGAAGUCGUAUACGUAUAUUUGCACGUAAUGCAUCCAGAGGGGCUGAUCGUGAUUCAUUAGUGGCUGAUGGUGUUCAAACAUGGGGUACUGGUAAUUCGAUGGUAACACAUUUAUUAGAUGAGAAAGGUGAAGAGAAAGCUGUGUUCAAUCAAAAGUUUCAAUAG